UUUCUGGGACUACCAGAGAGGUUCAUGCCCUUGAGGAGGAACUUCUACCUGUCAGGCAUAUCGCCAAAAGUGAACUCGCUAUCAAUCAAGCAGAAGGCAUAGAAACAAAUGAGGAUUUGGCAUCUAACAUGGUGGUUUUUGCUGAAGACGACAGCAAAACUGAAAUUGAUCACCUGAAAGCCUUGCUGCGCCAAAAAGAGAUGGAGCUUGUGGAGUUAAAGCAACAUAUCGAAAAGGAAAAGCAAGCUUUGACCUUGUUGCAAGCAAGGGCUCAAAAUGAGAUUGGCAAUGUGCAUAGGGUAAUAUUGACAAAAGAUACUGAACUUCAUGCAUCUAAAGACGAGCUUUCUGGACUAAAGGAGGUUCAAGUUCAAUUCUGCGUCAUUGGUGAAACAGUUGAAGUUGCUGGAAGCUUUAAUGGUUGGCAUAAGCGGAUAAAAAUGAAUCCGCAUCCAUCAUCUAGAACUGUAGAUUUACAAGAUUCUAGAGUAUCCAAAUUAUGGUCAACGAUUUUGUGGCUCUAUCCUGGAACUUAUGAGACAUUAGUUUAUGUCUCUCAAGCUUAUAAAGUUGUACUUCCUGAUCGAGUGAUUGACUAUGAUAUUAUUACGGUAUAUCGGAUAGAAAGCAAUAUUGUUGGAUGUUCAGAUCCAGAGUAUGCUCAGAAGAUCAUUGAUGAUGUUCAAGCUAUAGACAACUCAGUCUGUGGAGUUAUGACCUGUAUUUUAACAAAAUGUGACUCGUAAAACUUCUAGACUAGUGAUUUUGUGAUUCUAAUAUCUUGCUUAAUAUUUCAUCUCAAUUCUCCAUUGUGUUACAAGCUUUGAAGUUUUUUUUCUUAAAAAGCAUGCUCUUUUACUCUUUCAUAAGCCACACACACACACUCUCUAACAUUGCUCUUUAGUUUUCUUCUCAGUUUUGCCUUAAAUCCCAGAUUUACUAAACUCUACUGUCCUACCGUUGGCAGAAUAUGGUAAGUUUGGUGGCAGGAUAGAGUACAUCCGGAUUUAUAAGAUUUACUAAAGCUGCGAAAGCUCUUUUACAAGUUUACAAUGGCUUGAAAUGAAACUUGUAACGACUAUGAUGCCAUUUUAAUUACAA